AUGAAUUUAAAAUUUUCACAAGAUGAAAUUGAUGGGAAUAUCCGUUUCACUUUUGAUACUCUCAAUGCUACUGUAUGCAUUAAAAAUGGUGGUUUUCGGACAGUUAUUAGUAGUCCAAAUCGAGAAAAUCGUCACCUGUUAUCAAAAGCUAUUGCUAUUUGUUUGAAAAUACUAUGA